GUCUUUGUAUCUCUAUCAUUCCAAAAUAAUAUUAGCCACCUUAAUAUCAAAACCGUAAAAAUGGUUGAUUUGGCUGAUGGAACCCGAAGCCAAGACCACAAUCAGCUACUCCAAGCUCAAGCCCACAUAUGGAACCAUAUUUUCAACUUCAUAAAUUCCAUGUCCUUAAAAUGUGCAAUUCAAUUAGGGAUACCAGACGCCAUUAACAAGCAUGGCAAGCCCAUGACUCUUUCUGACCUAAUUAUUGCUCUCUCUAUACACCCAGCCAAAACCCAUGCAAUCCCUCGUCUGGUGCGCAUUUUAGUUCAUUCUGGUUUUCUUGAUAAAGAAAAAACAGAAGAAAAUAGCCAAGAAACAGAAGGGUAUGUUCUUACAAAUGCAUCGAAGCUUCUUGUUAAAGAACAUCCAUUUAGUCUGAAAACAUUCUUGCUAGCCAUGCUUGAUCCUGUUCUAACAGGACCAUGGGAUCAUCUAACCACUUGGUUCUUGAAUGAUGAUCCAACCCCAUUUCAGACAUGUCAUGGAAGGGGAAUUUGGAAGUAUGCUGGUCAUAAUCCUGAGCUUAACAGUUCUUUUAAUGAAGCUAUGGCUUGUGAUGCUAAGAUGGUUGCGAGUAUUUUGAUUAAAGAGUGUGAAGGGGUGUUUGAUGGGUUGAAAUCAUUGGUUGAUGUUGGAGGAGGAACAGGAACUGUGGCUAAAGCUUUAGCUGAUUCAUUUCCUCAGUUGGAUUGCUGUGUCUUCGAUCUUCCUCACGUUGUUGCUGGUCUUCAAGAUGGUGAUAACCUGAAAUUUGUUGGUGGUGACAUGUUUGAGGAAAUUCCUCCUGCAGAUGCAAUUUUACUUAAGUGGAUAAUGCACGAUUGGCACGAUGAAAAAUGUAUCAAGAUAUUGAAGAACUGCAAAGAAGCAAUUAAGGGUAGGAAAGGAGGAAAGUUGAUUAUUAUAGAUAUGGUGAUGGAGACCCAGAAAGAGGAUAAAGAUGCAACUGAAACAGAGCUUUUUCUUGAUAUGCUGAUGAUAGUUUUAUAUAAUGGUAAAGAAAGAAACAAGAAAGAAUGGGCUAAACUCUUUUUUGAUGCUGGUUUUAGUGAUUUUAAGAUAACUCCUGUGUUGGGUUUAAGAUCUGUUGUUGAAGUUUAUCCUUAAUUAAUUGUGUUUUUAUUUAUUAAUCUUCACUUUUUAAUUACUUUCUUUAAAAAUAAAAGUGUGGAAGUAAUUAAAAAUUAUAAUAUGUAUGGUAUGAUAUAGUCAAGUGGUUUUCUCGCUUUCUGUAAGACCAUGAAGAAUGGAAAUUUUCAAAUUCGAAUCUUUCGACUAUUGAAAUUUUCAUCAAUUUGGUAUUAAAGAGAAGACUACCUCCUAUUGUGUAGCUUAUAAUAUUAUUGCAGUGCCUCUUAAUAAAUUAAUAAUAAUAAUCUUUAUUACGUGA